GAAGACACAGACAGAACGCUCCCUGCUGUCACACUCCUCGCCAGCGUUUCCACACGGUCGCAUUAGAGAGGUGGACCAGAGCGGAGCAGCGGCUGACAGCAGCAGUCAUGGCUACAAGUGAUGGAGGAGACUACUUUAAAAGAACCAGCCUGUUCUGGAUCGUCUCGGUGACACUCGCGAUGUCGUAUUUCACCUGCACCGUGUUUGCACCAGAAAAAAUCCCAUUUGAGAGCCUUGGUGUGUUUGGCAGCUUCUGCAAACACCUUGUGGAUAAUUAUGCGAACAUCAUGUACAAAGGGUGGUUGGCAUCCUGGGUGAUUCAUUUAUUCGAAGCCAUUACUGCUCUGAGGGUGUGCAGCAACAAAGGUAUCAACAACCCAGCCACUCGCUGCCUGUGGUUCAUUCAGACCUUCCUGUUUGGCUUUGCCUCCCUCGGCCUGCUCCUCAAGUACAACCCUGAGCGUCCCAAACAGAACUGAAAGCAGCAGCAGGAGCCGACGGGAUAACACUGCGUAUGCUGAAUUUAACAAAACGGUUACUUCCUCUUGUGCCUCUUCUUCUUCCUCCCUGUCCUUUCUCUGCAGAAUGAAAUCAUGCAGAAGGGGACAACAAUCGGAGGGAGACACCUGAGCCUUGUCUAGUGUUAACACUAACAUUCUGAAGUGGAGAUAUUACUCUGAUGAAUAUGCUGCGUAUAUUUCUUACUUUCUUGUGAUAUCAUGAUGGACUGACAUUUUAUUCCAUAGAUUUUCUAUACAUGGUACCAUACAGAUAAUAUUUUUAAUGGAUUAUACUGAUCAUGUUAUUAACAGAAUUUAUUUAAUCAUCAGAGAUUGUCUUGAUGAAUCUUCCCUUAGAUAUUCAGAGAUUAUAUUCGGUGCAAUACAAGAGGAAUCUUUAAAUGCAUUUUCUUCCUACUCAUGUUGUUUACAUCCAGCCUGGAUAGAUGGUGGCAUUAGGGCUAUUUUCUUCAGGUUGGCAGCAGAUGGUUCUCUACCACCAGCCUCAGACCAGAAAUAAGAGCUGCUGCAUGAAAAUUCACAUUCCUUACACGGAGGUGCUUGGUUUUUAAAAUCAGACUUAAAGUUCUUAAUAUUAACUGCAAAAUUAAAAGUCGACUUACAAACUA